AUGGCAAAAAAGCGAAGAGAAAAACAAGAGAUCUCCGGCCUCUCCUCGGCACAGGCAGAAUCACACGAAGACAGCGGUAAAACGGAGAUAUUGAAAGAAUCUCCUCGGCCUUCUCAAGGGUCAGCACGGAUGUCACUUCUCAUCUUGGCCUUAAUCUUCACAUGCUCUGCCUCGUUCAUGUAUUUGGUUUACAGACAUUUUCCAGAGCUGUCGGAAGAUGAAAUGGAGAAAAUCAAGAUCCCUAAAGAUAUGGAAGAUGCCAAAGCUUUGGGAACAGUAUUGUCAAAAUACAAGGAUACAUACUACACUCAAGUGUUGGUUGCAUAUUUUGCAACAUAUGUCUUUCUUCAGACAUUUGCCAUCCCUGGGUCUAUUUUUCUAAGUAUCCUGUCUGGAUAUCUCUACCCUUUCCCCCUGGCCUUAUUCUUAGUGUGCCUGUGCUCUGGCCUGGGAGCUUCUUUCUGUUACAUGCUGUCUUACUUGGUGGGCAGACCCAUGGUUUACAAAUAUCUCACAGAACGAGCUCAGAAAUGGUCUCAGCAGGUCGACAAACAUAGGGAUCAUCUGAUAAAUUACAUCAUCUUCCUGAGAAUCACCCCUUUUCUUCCCAACUGGUUUAUCAAUAUAACAUCUCCUGUCAUCAACGUGCCUUUGGGGGUGUUUUUUAUCGGGACAUUUUUAGGGGUUGCACCACCAUCAUUUGUUGCUAUAAACGCUGGGACAACACUGUAUAAACUUACCACAGCGGGCGAGGCUGUAUCCUGGAACUCUCUGGCCGUUCUGGGGAUAUUGGCGAUUCUCUCCAUUUUACCUGUGUGCUUCCAAAAGAAACUGCAGAAGAAUCUCUAG